AUGUCCGGUUCAACCACUCGCUUUGCCAUCGACUAUGCGAAGAGGGUAGCCGGAUGUAAAAAAUGCAAACUGCAGUUGCCAAAAGGGGAAGUUCGUCUCGCAAAAAUCACGCCGAAUCCAUUUGUGCAAAGGGAGGAAGGACCUCCACCAGACAUGAAGAUGUACUACCAUCCCCACUGUUUAUUCGAAAUGUUCUUCAAGGCGAGAGCAAAUACAAAAGUCAUUGAGGGAGUAGAGGACAUUGAAGGGUGGGACGAUGUGAAAGAGGAGGAUAAAGAGCCAAUUCUGAAAUUUAUCGACGAGUUGAAUGAGCUCGUGCCGAAUAAAGGAGAAGGAGGAGCAAAACGAACACCGAAAAAGAAAGCGGACGACACGGCUUCACUGAAAAGGUAA